AUGUCUCCAACUUUAUAUUAUUUUAACGGUCAAGGUCGUGGUGAACUUAUUAGAUUAAUCUUAACUUUUGCCAAUGUCAAGUUUGAUGAUCAAAGAGUAAAGUCAAUCAAAGAGACUCAAGGAUUAUCUGAAAAGCUUGCUUUUGGUCAAUUACCUUUUUAUGAAGACAAUGAUGUCAGAAUCUCUCAAUCCUAUGCCAUUGCUCGUUAUGUUGCCAAGCAACAUGGGUUAGCUGGCUCUACCGACUUGGAAAGUGCCUUGAUUGAUGGUGUUGCUGAUUCACUUUGGGAUAUUUUAUCGCCAUACUUUUCUUCACGUGACAACCCAGAGAAGCUCCAAAAGUUUAAAGAUGAAACCAUUCAAAAGUUUGUUUCCAAAUUAGAAGAGUUAUUAAUCAAGAAUGGAGGUCAACAUUUUGUUGGAAAACAAUAUACAUGGGGAGAUAUUGCAAUCUAUUUUGGUUUUGAGUAUCUUAAAAAGUUAGGUUUUGGUGAACAAAUCAAAGGAUACCCAACCUUGGAAGCAUUUGCCUUGAAGUUUUCUCAAAUUCCACAAAUUGCUGAAUACCUCAAGAACCGUCCAGAAACUCAAUUCUAA